AUGCCAUUACGGUUGGACGUGAAAAGAAAGCUUCUGGCACGAUCAGAUCGCGUGAAAUGCGUUGAUCUUCAUCCAACUGAGCCAUGGCUUCUUGCUGCUCUCUACAAUGGAAAUGUUCACAUAUGGAAUUAUGAUACUCAGCAGCUUGUGAAGUCUUUUGAAGUAUGCGAUUUGCCUGUACGUGCUGCCAAAUUCAUCCCUCGAAAAAACUGGGUAGUGACUGGAUCUGAUGACAUGCAUAUCAGGAUUUUCAACUACAAUACUCUCGAAAGAGUUCAUCAGUUCGAAGCACAUUCCGAUUACCUCAGGUCGAUAGUAGUACAUCCGACUCAGUCGUUUAUUAUCACCGCAAGUGAUGACAUGAUGGUGAAACUAUGGGAUUGGGAUAAUAAAUGGCAAAUGAAACAGACCUUCGAAGGCCACACUCAUUAUGUGAUGCAAGUAGCGAUCAAUCCUAAGGACAACAACACUUUCGCCACGGCAUCGCUUGACAAAACAGUCAAGGUUUGGCAGUUUGGUAGCCAACAGCCGAAUUUUACUCUGGAAGGCCACGAGAAAGGAGUCAACUGUGUGGAUUAUUAUCACGGAGGAGACAAACCUUAUCUGAUUUCUGGAGCAGAUGAUCAUUUAGUAAAGAUCUGGGAUUACCAGAACAAAAACAUGGCGUACAAACUUGGAUGGUACAUGCCCAGAAUUUUCUUCGUCUGUUUCCAUCCGAUCGUCCGCUCUCAUCAUCACAGGUACCAUCUCUCUGUAGCGAAAGAUGUCUCUGUCGCGUUUGUCGGUCAUGCUAGCACCUCAGAUUUUCUUUUACCUAAGUUUUUCCGCGUUUUCUGCAGUGACAAGUUGGGCUGUUGUCCAGAUUAUCAACAACACCACGAUAGACUGGAAACAACGCUCAAUUACGGCUUGGAGCGUGUGUGGUGCAUACAAGCCCAGCGAGGGUCUAACACGGUGGCCAUUGGUUAUGACGAGGGCUCGGUUACUCUGAAAUUGGGUAGAGAAGAACCCGCUGUGAGUAUGGAUCAGUCGGAUGGAGAACGACUGCCACUUUCGGUAAAAGAUCUGGGUGCGUGUGAAAUUUACCCGCAAACCCUUGCGCAUUCCUCCAACGGACGUUUUGUCGUUGCUUGCGGAGAUGGAGAAUAUAUCGUUUACACCGCAAUGGCGCUCCGAAACAAGGACUUCGGUCAGGCUCUCGAAUUUGUGUGGGCAACAGAUCCUAACAUGUUCGCCGUGCGAGAAUCUGCUACGGCUGUGAAGAUCAAGAAGAACUUCAAGGAGUAUAAGCAGCUGCGCACUGAUACUGUUAUGGAAGGAAUUGACGGUGGUCCAUUGUUGGCUGCUCGAUCAGCGUCGAGCCUGUGCUUCUACGACUGGGAGACUGCACAGCUGGUACGGCGAAUAGAAAUUGCAGCAAAACAUGUAUACUGGAGUGACAGCGGAGAAAUGGUUGCCAUCUGUGGUGAGGACACAUUCUACGUGCUCAAGUACAAUGCGGAUGUUUUCGCGAGUGCUUCUCCUGAUGAAAUCACCGAAGAUGGUGUGGAAGACACGUUUGAAGUUGUUGGUGAACAAGCCGAAGGAGUGAAAACGGCUUUCUGGAUUGGAGACUGUUUUGUGUUCACAACCUCUUUGAAUAGACUCAAUUACUAUGUAGGAGGAGAAAUAGUUACUAUUGCUCAUAUGGACAGACCUCUAUAUUUGCUCGGAUAUAUGGCCAAGGAAUCGCGUGUAUAUGCUGUAGACAAGGAGCUGAAUGUAGUUUCAUACAAGCUGCUGCUUUGUGUUAACUAUCCUUUACAAUGUGAACUUUCACUUGUUAAGGUGCUGACAACAUUCCCAAGGAACAACGAACGUACUCGUGUUGCACAUUUCCUCGAAAAGCAAGGUUUCAAGCGUCAAGCCCUCGCCGUGUCGCAAGAUCCUGAUCACAAGUAUCGGCGAACAUUAAAAUCGGAGUUGAUGGCGUGGCCUGGGGGAAUGCCUUUGGUCGUGCACGAGACUAUGGUGGUCUUUUACUUCUUGCCACCUGUGCAGGAUCGGCACCGUUGCUGCAUAAGGCUUGCCGGGCGAUUGAUUACUGCCGCUAAUGGUCACCACAACGUCCAUUUCACAACUAGCCUCCUACUUGGUGAUGUGGAUGCAUGUGUCGACUCGCUCAUUGCGACAGAUCGCAUUCCCGAGGCAGCUUUCUUUGCAAGGACCCAUUGCCCGUCUCAGUUACCAAGAGUAAUGGAACUUUGGAAGGAGAAGCUGAAUCGGUGGGCACCAGCAGAAUACACUCGG